AUGUCUUCUCAGAAUGGAGCCAUGAAAACCACUGAGGAAGUGGCACUUCAGAUUGUGUUGCUUUGUCAGUUUGGGAUAGGGACUAUGGCUAACAUUCUUCUGUUUGUCCAUAAUUUCUCUCCACUUUUGACUGGAUGUCAGCUGAGACCCAAAGAAGUGAUUUGUGCUAACAUGGCUGUGUCCAGCAUCUUAAUUCUAUUCAUGACUGUGUUUCCAAACAAUGUGUUUGUUGCUCAAAGGAAUUUACUGAAUGACCUUCAAUGUAAACUUGAGUACUUUGUAUACAUGGUAGCAAGAAGCACAAACUUGUGUUCCACCUGUGUCUUGAGCACCUAUCAGUUUGUCACUCUUGUUCCUGGUAAUUUCAGUGAGCUGAUGGUCAGAGGAAGAAGCCCCAAGGUCAUAAGCUAUUCCUGUUGUAGUUGUUGGUUGUUUGGUAUCUUAUAUAAUGUCUACAUUCCAAUGAAAGUCAGUGGUCCACAGAACAGACAUAAUAAAACCAGCACUAAAAGUAAGUGGGUCUGUUUUACAUCUGGCUUCAGUGUCGGCAUUGUGUUCUUGUCAUUUGCCCAUGAUGCCAUAUUUAUCAGCAUCAUGGUCUGGGCCAGUGUCUCCAUGGUACGUCUCCUGUAUAGACACUACCAGAGACUGCAGUACAUUUUCCCUCCCCAUCAAGGCAACAGAGGCUAUGCUGAGAUCAGAGCAGCCCAUAGCAUUGUGUUGCUUGUGGUCACAUUUGUAAGUUUUUAUCUUCUACACUGUAUUUGCUUUAUUCUUCACAUUGUUUUUGUAGACUCCAAUCUGUGGUUGAGGCAUAUAGGUGAAGUUUUAACUUCAAGCUUCCCCACUAUUUCUCCCUUGCUGUUGAUCUUUAGGGAUCCUAGUUAUCCUUGUUCUCUGAUCUUCAACUAUAAAAAGCCAGUCAUUUAA